UCCGGGUGAAAAACAUUGGUCAUCUGGGAUUGGCUUGUUUGUCCCACAGCAGCCAAUAGACAUUGGUUUGAGGGGGCGGGGGCGGGACUCCGCCGUGCAAGCGAAUGGGCCGCCUCGCUUUCGGAUCUGUGCGUCAAGGACGAUCAGCAGGCCCAGAUGGAGAACAAGAGGAUAAACAGGGAGAGUGAUGCAGUGGAAAAAAGGGGCCCAUACAUCAUGACCAAAGCUUCCUCCAUUCAUGCCAAACUGCAGAAGCAUCGAGAAAUGGCGAAGGCGGUGCUGCGGAGGAAAGGCAUCCUGGGGGCAACCGUUCAACAGCAACCAAAGCCAGCAGCAAAGAGGUCAGUGAAGUUUAACAAGGGCUAUGCUGCUCUCAGCCAGACAGCGGAUGAGAACCUGGUGUCCCUUGAUUCAGACAGUGAUGGGGAGCUGGAGUCAAGAUGUUCCUCCGGUUACUCCUCUGCAGAGCAGGUGAACCAAGAUCUGAGCCGUCAGCUUCUGCAGGACGGGUACCACCUAGAUGAGAUCCCGGACGAUGAGGACCUAGAUCUCAUUCCCCCAAAACCUGUUGCCUCAUCACCUUGUCCCUGUUGCUUUGGGGAGUCUCUCUCCUGCACAAUCCAGUAGGCACUGCUCAACCGGGGCUGCACACUACAAGUCAAGGGCCAGCACUUUCUACCUUGUUUCUUAGGACAUUAGCAUGCCUGAUAGAGGCAACUACAUUCAGCACUGAACAUUGGCAGAAACUGAAAUGGGCUCAGUGACUGAAGAAUGGGACGCUGCCACUGCUGUAGUUAUUGGCACCUGCUCAAGUUGAGCAGCAACAGUUGAUUAUCCCAAAGCUACUUUUUGUUACAUACAGUGAUAUAAUAUAUAGAUAUUAUGUGUAGCUAUUCAGGUUGCCUGGAUGCGACUGGUCACCUCAUGCAGUGUUGGAGUGUGGAAAGAUGCUUCAUGCUGGCUGUGGGAAGAGGGAGAAGAGAGAACAUGUGGGUACUCUCACUCUUAAAGGAGAACUCCAAAGCUGUUUGUAAAGGGAAACAGCAAAGGUCUCAAGUCAGUAACCUAACAAGCUGGAGAAAUGCAAAUGAAGGCACUUGAGUGUCUGCAAACAGUCAUUCCUUUUCCUCAUCUGCCAGGGCUGGGGUUCGGGAUCUGGUGCUGCCUUGGGUGGUUGCCAUGUCCUUAUAGACUCUGAACUCAGGAUCUAGCAGGUAAGCAGAAAAGGAAGGAACUUUUAUUUCCCCCAUGUUGAAACAAGCUACUUGAAAGGCUCUUGAAUACUCUGAUCCAGUUUGCUCACACGGUUUGUUAAUCCUGUGGGAUUUCAAAUGAUUUGCUUUCGUUCUUUGGGGUUCAUCUCAUUAACUGGUUGUUUUUAUGAUAUAACUAAAGCAUUGACUGUCCUUUAUUUAAAAAAAAAAAAAAAAAACACAACAACAAAAAAUCUUUGUCCAGGGGCUUUCAAGGUGAUUAGAGCUGCUGUGCGAUCCUGGAUGGUAACAUUACUGCCACAGCACUACAGUUUCUGAGUGUAUCUCUAAGCAACUUCAGGCCCUGGCCUUUAAUCCCCACUUCUGUAGAGGUGACCUAACAAACUGUCUGCAUUUAUUUAUUUAUUUUCUUUGGUGUAUUCACUAGUCCUGGCUUGAAGUCAGCGGUGCCCCCUCUGGGACAGAGAGGUUGAGGUAGACCAGCUGAGAUGGAAUUCCUUUGAGAAACAGCAGAGGUUAGUGGAGGAGGAGGGCUGCCUAAUAAGUGUCUAGUUAGAUUAAUGGAUGUAAUGGCCUCUAUAAUUGCUCUGGGUUUGCUUUGAACUAAAUCUAUACGUAAUGAUCAAAACCAAAGCCUGCUGCUCCUUUUGAGUACGAAGGCAGGCACCGUGAGGUGACUGGGUGUGGUGGAGAUGAGGGUCAUGGCAGGUGUGGGCAGGAUCUUGAGCUGCUUUAGUUGAGAGGCUGUCUGCUAAAGAUUCCAUGUUGCCUACUGAGAGCGCUCUACAUUCCAUGCAUCUGAUGUGAUUAAUCAGGUGGCUGGUUUCUAGUUGUCUGACUGGACCAGUGGCACGCCGUAUUAUAUAGAAACACUGCUAACAUCUCUUGUAGGACAUGUCAAUUUCUGUUUAUUAGUGAGUUUUAGGGGCUUCUGACUAGGUCAUAAUAGUUUUACUCUGCCAUGCAAGGUCUGAAUUUAGGAGUGAGAAGUUUUAGUGUGAAUUUGGCUGAUAACCUUUUAGUUACAAAAAUACAAAAUCAGAACAGAGUCUUGUGCUGUUCUUACUCAUCCUGUCAACUAUGAAUCUCUGCAUCGCGGCAUACGGUCAGGAUUGCUUUCCUUCAUGCUUUUUUUUUUUGGUGAGCCAAUCCCAAAUAUGGUGGGCUGUUGAAACAGUCCUGAAAUAUAUCCAUUGUGCUGAUGUGAUCUCCUAGAGCAUUAUGAUACAAUGAACUGACUUCCUCUAAAAGGGCAAAGUUCAUAAAGAUGGAUUUGGUCUUCAUCCUAAAAAUUAAGGAAAUUUAAUUCUUUUAAAAAACCAACCUGCAUCAAAGUAGCUUGAGGAUUCUGAGCCUCCUUCCAUGAUGCUCAGCAUUAGUUAAAUUCCAUUAUUAAUUCUUUGCCCUUCAGAACAGGAGUAGCAACCAAUACUGUGAUUUCCCUGCCAUUGGCUUACUGUGCACACGAACAGUAAUUCUUUGUAGUGGAUUGUUUUAUGUAGAGAUUAUGAUGCUAUGGAAGCACUUGAAGGGCUGUUUGGUUUAUAUUUAAAUGUUAUUUAUUUUUUUCUGCUAGUCAGAUGUUCAUUGACUGGCAGUGAAGCUUUGAGCUCUGGAGUGUAGUCUCUCUACCACCGCUGUCCUAGCCCUGUCCUUUAUACUGUGUCUUCAUUAGUAUUCAGCUGUGUGCUGUGAUUAAGCAUUCUUGUCCAGAAUGUGGUGUCAUGGCCAGAGGAGGGAGCAGUUUCCACGUUACUGUUGCCUUUUGGUCAUUCUGUAGAUCUUGGGGACUGAGCAUAGUCUGACACUAAUGCUGCAGCCUAGAGGGGUGCCAGAAUGAUUCCUGGAUGUAAUAGAGGCCUCAAGGACAGAAUGUCUUGAUGCUAAAAUCUUGGAUGGCACAUGUCACCAACUGUUGAGGCUCCUGUCUCUGCUGGCUGAAGCGGAUUAAAUUUAUAUAUGAAGUGUCUUGAGUUCCCUCCCCUUGUGACCUUUUCUCAGCUGGAUGGUCCCAGACCAGUGCACUUGAGCCCAUUCUGUUUACAUCUUCUCCUUGAGGAGAGGGUUGUUCUGUAAGUACCUGUACGGGCUGGGCCUAGAAGUUGGCUGACUCUGGCUGCUUUCAGUGGCACUUUCCUGAUCCCAGCAGUUGAAUAAAUGAGCUUGGAUUUCAUGGCACCUCUAAAGCUGUGGACCACACCAAGUGUGCUGCCUUACUUAGGGCUAUAUGUUGCAACCAAGUCCAUGUUUGAUUGGCAGCAGUGAGGAGGUUAUGGAGGGUUUACUUCCCCAUCAGCACAGGUGCACUCACAUUAGUAGUGGCCUGAAAGGUUUGGGUGCUUGGUUCUGUGCUUAACUUCCUACUUGCCUUUCACUUGUUAAAACAGGGAGUUGGAAUAUGAUGCUGUGCCCUUUCCUGCUAAAUCUCAGGGCCUGAAUUACAGAUCCUUUUGCUGUGGAAAAUACUCUCCCAGUCAAUUCCAGGGAGCUGUUUUAGCUCAAAGUUAAUCUCUGUUCUAGUCUAACGUUCUUUAAUGGUGCUUGUUCAACUACCACGACAAUACAAGAGAGUUGUGGCUAUGAAGUAGUCUUUAGUCCAGAACCUCUAUGUUAAGUAGUGAGCAGAUCAUUAUGUGUUUGGGGCAAGGACAGAAGUCAAGGGGGGCUCUAUCUGACAUGAAGUUAAAAAGCUGCCUUAAAUCAGUCUCGCUGUGAUAUGCAGAGGACAACCAGCUUCUAAAGAAAUCUAACGUUUUAAGUAUUGCUACAGAGAACUAUGACAAAGUUUUAUAUUUCUGGUCAAGGGAAGUGUUUGUUUAUAAUAAACUUGAUCUUGUGUUACACAA